AAUCUUUUAAUAAAUUUUUUCUUUUAAGGUAUAAAAGAUGGAUACUAAUGUACCAACCUAUAUAAUGCCCUUGUUUUUCACAACUAAAACUCAGGAGAUAUUUCAAUGUAAAGCUGAUAAAGAUCUAACUGAAGAUUCACCGUAUAAAAUCAUUGAAAAAGAAAAAAUUCUUCAAGAUUUCAAAAAUCGAGCUGCUAUUUCUGAUUUUCAUCCUGCUCGAAAAAUUAUUGAGAAUUACCCAUCUGAUACAUUGCUCAUAAUUUAUGAUCCUAUGUUUAAAUAUGGGCAAAAUUUUUGCUUAGUUACUGAUGAUAAGCAGAAAAAAGUGCUUUUAGAGCCUGAAGCUAAAAUUGAUGUUGUUGAAGCAAAGUCUUCAGAAGAAAUAUUUUUAAGUAGCGAAGAAAUUUUAAGAGAACGAUCACCUAAACCUUGGAAAUCUUUUGGAAGUGAGCAAGAAGUUGAAGAUGAAAUAAUAAACACUUCAAGAGAAAAGGUUAAAUUUAUCUUAAAAAGAGAAAGACGGUGCUUUGGUGGUCCAACAAAUUUCACAGAUUAUGACGCCAAUAAGUAUGUGGAGUAUUUGCCAUUUGAAUGUGAAAAUUUUAUUAAAAUGAAUGAACUGGACAAAGUUGUUCAAGAUCUUUACACAAUGAAAGAAGUUGGUUGUCAGACUAAUAGAUUGUUACCAAGAAAUGCAUGCACCCAAUAUGAACCACGUUUUUAUACAGAAGAACAGAUUCAUGAUGUUAUGAAAUCAAAACAGUUUCUUGAAUUUUUUAGUGAAAUAGUUCCACGGUUAGAACAAGCACUGAAAGAAAAUUUGACAAUUGAUAUAUUCAACAAUGAUUUUAGUGUGAUAGGACACGAGGACAGUAUGUUUUUAUCAAAGUCAGAAAUUAAUUUAAAGGAGUACCAAUCUUUUACAGAUCUUCAGUUCAGUAAAAAUAAAUCGAUUUCAGAAGUGCAAUGGCAUCCUACUAUUAAAGGGUUAAUUGCUGUUUCUUGCAUUGAACACAUGACUUUCUAUGAUCGAGUUGAUAAUUCUACAAGUUUACUUAUGGAGCCUUCAUUAAUACUUAUCUGGAGUUUUGGGGACCCUAUUCAUCCUUUAUUACUGUUAGAGUCACCAACAAAUGUUCUUUGCUUUAAAUUUAAUCCUACUAAUCCAAAUAUCAUUGCAGCUGGUUGUAUCAAUGGACAGAUUGUAAUGUGGGACAUAACAGAACACUCUGAUCGUUUGCAAAAUCAUAUGUCACACAGCAAAGGUGUGCCUGUCAAGGAAAAAUCCAAACAACCUGUUAUGUUCAACACUAAAACUACGGAAUCAGCUCCCAUUGUUCAAUGUUAUGUAGUAUCAAGUAUUGAAAAGUCACAUCGAACAGCAGUUACUGAUAUUCAAUGGAUACCAGAUCAUAUAGAGAUUGGAGCAAAUGGUAUUGUAUAUGAAAAUACAUCCGGUUUGUGCACUCAGUUGCUUAGCUGCAGUAGUGAUGGAACUGUGUUAUUUUGGGAUGUUAGUACUUCAAAAUCAUAUUCUGAUACACCCAAAAAGAAAAAUCAAUUGGAGAGUUAUUCUUUUCAACAUUUAGUUUCCUCCUGGAAGCCAUUAUUAAGGGUUUCAGUCCAUAAAUUGAAAGGAAAUGGUGAAUAUAGCACUGUGAGGUGUUUAAUAUCCGAGCAACAUCAACCAAAGAAAAAGAUCAUGGAAACACCUGUUCAAAUGAUAUUAAGGGAGCCUGAUCCUUUUGAGCAGUCAUUUAAGAAAAAGUUUGAAGGAAAUCAGAUGGACAGUGUAGAUACAAAAUUUUUAGUUGCUACUGAGGAUGGUGAAAUAGUUUAUCAAGACUGGGUACCUACUAAAAGUUUAGAUACUGGAAAAACAAUUUCUAGUCCUCCAAUAUAUUGUUUGGAUGCACACGAUGGAAAAAUUAGUACGUUACAGUGGUCGCCAUUUAUAAAAAAUAUAAUCUUAACUGUAGGUGGAUGGACAUUUGCAUUAUGGAAGAAGGAUCUUACUUUUGGACCAAUUUUUCAAUCUUUUCCCCACCAAUGUCAACUUUCCUCUGGACAUUGGAGCCCAACACGACCAGGAGUUUUCUUUAUAGGAAGAAUUGAUGGAAGUAUAGACAUUUGGGAUUUUUUAGAUAAGAGCCAUGAGCCAUUUUUAUCUCAAAAUGUUACAUCUGCUCCAAUUACAGCUGUGUUUCCAUUUCAAAUAUCAAAAAAGCAACAGCUGCUUGCUGUUGGUGAUGAGUUAGGCACACUUCAUAUCUUAGAAGUCCCGUGGAAUCUUAAAAAUGCAACUGUUAAUGAAGUUGGGAUUAUUGAGGCAUAUUUUGAGCGUGAAGCUAGUCGUGUUAUAUUGGCUAAUGAGCGACACACUUUGACCACAAAUAAAGCUGAAGAACCUUUGUUGAAUGUAGUCCCUAUCAUUGAAGAAACUUCUAUAAAUGAUGCUGAAAAGCUAUACCUUGAAUACUUAGAAUUGGAAAAAAGAAUUUUAACUGAGUUAAAUAUGCCAAUAACCGUUACUUAAUCGACCAAAGAAAAAAGUUUAUGUAAAAUAGAUAAAACUAGAAAAUAUAAAAGUAUUAUUUUAUAAA